CGGGAUGGCUGCCGGAGCCGGGCCGGGCUGUGGGUUGUGCGGCCCCGCCGCCGGGAGCGCGCCCGAGGGUCGGGGCGGUGUUGCGGGGUGGUGUUUUGGACUGUGCGUGCCCCGCUGUGUGUGCCCGACGGGCUCGGCUGUGGGGCGUGGAGGGUUUUAUUGUUACCUUUGUUUGUUUUCAAUGAGAGCGAGAACAGCAGAGGCGUGCAGCCGUGGAUGAGCAGGACGUGUCCAGCCCUCCGAGUAAACCAUGGCGUAUCAGCUGUAUAGGAACACCACGCUGGGGAACAGCCUUCAGGAGAGUCUGGAUGAGCUCAUUCAGUCACAGCAAAUUACACCUCAGUUGGCCCUUCAGGUGCUACUUCAGUUUGAUAAAGCUAUAAAUUCAGCACUGGCACAGCGAGUCAGGAACAGAGUCAAUUUCAGGGGGUCUCUGAACACAUACAGGUUCUGUGACAAUGUAUGGACAUUUGUACUGAAUGAUGUGGAAUUUAGGGAGGUCACCGAACUUGUGAAAGUGGAUAAAGUGAAAAUUGUAGCAUGUGAUGGAAAAAACACUGGUUCCAAUACUGCAGAAUGAAUAGACCUGUGGUUUGUCUGCAAUGUUUUCUGUUAAUAUGCAGCACUUUCUGGAGAGAAGCAUGGAAAGGGACUGAUCAUACUCAAUUCCUGUGAUGCAGAUGUGAGUUAAUCCAUACUAGAAAGCAUCACAGAAUGACAGAGGAAGAAAUACCUGUAGCAUUUCUUCAUUUCACCUUAUAGGGCAUGAAUAUAAUGUUACCUUUUUUUUAAUGGCAAGAGAUACUGUUGUCUUUUUUUGUUCAAAAUAAUUUCUGUAAUAAACUUUUAUUUAAAAACUU